GGGAGGGAUUUCCGGCCCAGCCUCUGGGCCGAGCCGGCAGUCCUACGGCGGCGCGCGGCGACCGGAGCGACCCACGGGCGGGUAGGACCCGCGGACGGGAAGCCGUGACACGGACGCCCCGCGGUCCCAGCCAUGCCUAGCCUCAGAGCUCGGUCUGAAGAGGCAGAAAUGGAGCCCUCAGUUCCUGGACCAUCCCCUUGGAUCCCUGCAGCCCAGGCCUGUGUGAGUGAUGCUCCUGCUGUGACCCAUGCUGGAUCUACACUCCGUGAUCCCCACUGCUGUGGCUACACUGAGCCAGGAACCACCCCCCCUCACCAUCAGCAGCCAGAUUGGGACACCAGGACUAAGAGCAAGGAAUUUCUUCAGAAGAAAGAAGUUUCUGAGGAUUUGGAAUCCCAGGAAGAAAUAUCAGAAAACUAUACCAGUGAUUUUUCCCAGGUGCCUGAGCUUGGAGAACUCUGUGAUGAUGUACUAGAGAGGGAUUGGGGAGCCCCUGACAGUAAGAGACGAGUGCAGUCACUCUACCAGAAGGGGGGCUUCACUCCAAUGGCAGUGCUCCUUAGGAGCCCCUUAGAGAAAGAGCUGGGCUGUGAUGACUUUGUAAGAAGCUUCAGUCUGAGCCCAAACCCAACGGCAUCUCAGGGAAUUCCUACAGAAGAGAGGCCACAUCUGUAUGACAUGUGUGGCCACAGCUUCCAGCACAGUAUGGACUUAGGUAGCCAUGAGGAGCAUCACAUAGCUGAAAGCCCACUCAUAUGUAAUGAUUGUGGGAAAACCUUCAGAGGAAACCCUGAUCUUAUUCAGCAUCAGAUAAUCCAUACUGGACAGAAGUCCUUUGUAUGCAAUGAAUGUGGAAAAUCCUUCAGCCAGAACUCAUUCCUUAAAAAUCAUCAGAGGUCUCAUGUGAGUGAAAAACCCUAUCAGUGCAGUGAAUGCAGGAAAACCUUCAGUGUGCACUCAAACCUCAUUAGGCAUCAGAUUAAUCACAGCGGAGAGAAGCCUUAUGUGUGCAGUGAAUGCGGAAAAGCCUUCAGCCAGAACUCAAGCCUUAAGAAGCACCAGAAGUCUCACAUGAGUGAGAAGCCCUAUGAGUGCAGUGAAUGUGGGAAGGCCUUCAGGCGGAGCUCAAACCUCAUCCAACAUCAAAGAAUUCAUUCUGGAGAGAAGCCGUAUGUGUGCAACGAAUGUGGGAAGGCCUUUAGGCGGAGCUCAAAUCUCAUUAAACACCACAGGACUCACACUGGUGAGAAGCCUUUUCAGUGUAAUGAGUGUGGGAAAGCAUUCAGCCAGAGCUCACAUCUGAGGAAGCAUCAGAGAGUUCACACUGGGGAGAGACCUUAUGAGUGUAAUGAGUGUGGCAAACCAUUCAGCCGGGUCUCCAACCUCAUUAAGCAUCAUAGGGUUCACACUGGAGAGAAACCCUAUAAGUGCAGUGACUGCGGGAAGGCCUUCAGUCAGAGUUCAAGCCUCAUUCAGCAUCGGAGAAUUCACACUGGAGAAAAGCCUCAUGUAUGUAAUGUGUGUGGAAAAGCCUUUAGUUACAGCUCAGUGCUCAGAAAGCACCAGAUAAUCCACACAGGAGAGAAGCCGUAUGAAUGUAGCAUCUGUGGGAAGGCCUUCAGCCACAGCUCAGCCCUCAUUCAGCAUCAGGGUGUGCACACAGGUGACAAGCCAUAUGAGUGUCGCGAAUGUGGAAAAACAUUUGGUCGGAGCUCCAACCUUAUCCUUCACCAGCGAGUUCACACCGGAGAGAAACCCUACGAAUGUACUGAAUGUGGAAAAACCUUCAGCCAGAGUUCAACUCUCAUUCAGCAUCAGAGAAUCCAUAAUGGAUUGAAACCCCAUGAAUGUAGCCAGUGUGGUAAAGCCUUCAACCGAAGCUCAAACCUCAUUCACCACCAGAAAGUUCACACUGGAGAAAAGCCGUACACGUGUGUAGAAUGUGGUAAGGGCUUCAGCCAGAGUUCACACCUUAUUCAACAUCAGAUAAUCCACACUGGUGAAAGGCCGUAUAAGUGCAGUGAGUGCGGGAAGGCCUUCAGUCAGCGUUCAGUCCUCAUCCAGCACCAGAGGAUCCACACCGGUGUGAAGCCCUAUGACUGCUCUGCAUGUGGGAAAGCCUUCAGCCAGCGGUCAAAGUUGGUCAAGCACCAGCUGAUCCACACCAGGGAGUGAAAUGGAAUACAGCUCCAUUCUGACUCCUCUGGCCAUGUCCUGGCUUCAUUCACCUUCCAGACUUGAAGCUAGAUUCUUGCUACCCUCUCCCCCUCACAUCCCACUGUCCACAAAGCCCAGACCCUCCUUCCCCUACCAUCACUCCUGCCUCCUAUGACCCCGUGGUUCUUGUUUGUUUUGCUUAUACAUUUUGUUACCAGACUCCCACAAUUGUUAGGAGGGGAAAGAUGAUAGAUGCUGCGUAUUCAUGAAUAGAGUUUAUUACUAUAAUCAAACAGAACCAAAAAAGUAAACUGACAUUUGGUUCGAAAUAACCACAGUAACUCUUUUCUUUGGCAAUUAUUCAUAAAGAGUGAAUUCUGGUGUCUAUGGUUAUAAUUGAUACUCUGCUUACAUAAAAAUCAGGUCGAGAGUUUUUCAGGUCUGAUUGCAGUCAUCCUUCCCCAGAAAUGGUGUGUACUCAUUACCACCAGUUCCUCACUCUUUCUUGUCCCUCCCAUGUACCCACUAGGUGCAGGAUUCCUGCCCCCUGUCCUUUGUACCUGAGUCUAAGGUCAUGCCUUAUGGUCCCACUCAGGGCUGCUGCACAAUUACACAUGCAGCUAUUUCCCAUCCUCUGGCUUUGCACCUUACGGUCCUGGUUCUUGGCCCCACAGAGCCCUGCCCUCUGCAUACCCCUCCUGUUCUCACAACCUCCCAGGCCCGUUCAUCACCAUUUAUAGAGCACCUGUGAGCAUCCGUAGUAGGUGGGGACUGACCCCUCAGUUUCCCAGAGUGUGCCUUUCUCCAUGAGCUGUGGGGGUUGGCCCAGAAACAACACAUCUGCCACUAGAAAGGCCCCUAGAUGCCAGCCAGCAGGUCUCAUCUGGGGGGUGUCCUAGGGUAAGUGGACGGAGAGGCCCCUCCUGUGUUUUUCCAGGAGGAAAGGCAUUAAGCUGAUGUAGUCGGGUGUGCAGGAUGGUAAGGGCUUGGCUUCUGUUCUUUCAAGGAAGUAGGAGCAAGGCCAUCAAUUACAAAUGAGGAAGGAGAGGUUUGAAGGGAAGUAUGGGACAGUUGGCUCAAGGGUGCACAGGUCAGGCUGGGGUUACACUGGGCUGCCUCCCCUUCUCUGAGAGGCCAUCAGAGUAGCCAUCACUGCUCACCCCGCUUCAGCCCCACCUUCCCAAGGAAACACCCUAGAUGAGAAACUGCCACAUUUGCAGUUUUGCUGAUAGCAUUGCUGUGCUAACCCUCCAGCUCAUUUGUUCCUCUUUCUGCCCCAUGUAGACCUCCCUUUUCUUUCUUACGGUCAGGCAACCCUCUCUGGCUUCACUUUCCCCUUUGUCCAGCCUGAGUCCAUCCUUUUCUCCAGUAAUACUUGUUUGAUGCAUACUACAUGCCAUUUGCUGGGGACACAGCAGGAAACAAGAAAGAAAAACGCCUGUCCUGAGGAUUUUACAUUCCAUUGGGUAGAGAAAAUGGCCUAAUGGUUAUGAUUGUUAUUAAGCAAAAGAAAGCAAGAAAUAAAGUACAGGUGUUUUGAA